AUUUGUCAGUUGUCAGUAGUCAACUUAUUCAAAAAUAAUUUAUUCUUUAUAAAAUAAUUAUUAAAAGAUAACUUUUUAUUUCCAAGCGAUGGCUGAUGAAUUAGAAAAUAUUCCAUCAAUUACUGUAAAAGAGCCUCUAGACUUAGUUAGGUUAAGUUUGGAUGAAAGAAUCUAUGUUAAAAUGCGAAAUGAUAGAGAAAUUCGUGGUAGAUUACAUGCAUAUGAUCAACACAUGAAUAUGAUAUUGAGUGAUGCCGAAGAGACCAUAACAACUGUUGAAAUAGAUGAAGAAACGUACGAAGAAGUUUAUAGAACUACUAAAAGGAAUAUACCAAUGCUUUUCGUAAGAGGUGAUGGAGUUAUUUUAGUAUCACCACCAAUGAGAACAUCAUAA